AUGCGUUUUUGUUGGAUAGUGCGAUGGGCGGCGGUGGGAGCGGCAGUGGGAGGAGCAGUGGCAGCAAGGCGUGGGGCGGUGGGAGCGAGGGGAGGAGCAGCAGGAGACGUGUCACGGCAGCAAGUGACAACCUCGAGAGCCUGGACUACGAGUAGGGUUCUCGAUUUGGAGUGGCAUCACGGCCAGUGGCAGGCGAUGACCCAAGCCGACCGAAUAUUCCACACCAUCCUGCGCUGGCUGCUCGUGUUGCUCAUGCUGUUUCUUUACUGCCUCCCUGUAUUCCCUUGUGUGUCUCUCUCUCUUUGUACCUGCUCCUCCCGCAGGGUUCUCGAUUCGGAGUGGCACCACGGCCAGUGGCAGGCAAUGACCCAAGCAGACAGAAUCUUUCACACCACCCUGCGCUGGCUGCUCGUGCUGCUCAUCGGCACGUGCACCGGCCUCCUCGCUUUCCUCGUCAACAUCUCAGUGGAAGCUAUCGGCGGUGCCAAGUUCGGGCUUGUCUUCUCGCACAUCAAAGGCCAGAACAUGCCUGCUGUGCUCUCCGCCAAGACUCUCAUUGUCAAGGUGCUAGGCAGCAUAGCAGCUGUGGCAGGAGGGUUAGCAGUGGGAAAGGAGGGUCCUCUGGUGCACUGUGGGGCAUGCAUCGCCAGCAUCCUGGGCCGUCUCAGCCAUUGGAUCUCCGCCCGCCGCGAUCUCAGCCGUCCGCGCAAGCCGCGGAUCCAGACAGCUAACUCCUUCGCCUCUUUGGGACUGUCACCUCCUGGUGAGAUGGGGUUGUGCCUGGUGCUGAUUCGGAGAGUGAUUGAGAGUGGUUGGGGGCGGUUGGGAGUGAUUUGGGCUUUAAGGACGCCGGUGUGGGUGCACAGCGACCGGGGGUUGAGAGACCUGGUGACGUGCGGUGCUGCCUCGGAAAUUGCUGCUGCGUUCCUUGCUCCCGUGGGUGGUGUGCUGUUCGUCCUCGAGCAAGUCACCUCCUGGUGGCGCAACUCCCUCAUUUGGCGAAUCUUCUUCACCAACGCAGUCGUAGCCAUGGUGCUCCGAGCCUGCAUCUCCCUGUGCGAGGGCGACAGGUGCGGCGGCAGCUUCGGGUCCCGAGGCUUCAUCCUGUUCGACCGAAGCAAGUCCCGAACCGACUUUGGGCUGCUGGAGGUGGUGCCGGUGGCGCUGCUAGGGAUUGUCGGAGGGCUGCUCGGCGGGUUAUUUAACCACCUCAACGUGAAGCUGUGUGCUUUCAGGAAGAGCAAGCUUCACAGGCACGGGGCAUGGGUGAGGGUGCUAGAGGUCCUCCUCAUCUCCCUCCUCACCUCUGCUCUUCGCUUCUACGGCCCCUUCCUCGCCUCCUGCCUGCCCUGCCCUCAAGACCCGGAUGAAGGAGGGGACUUGCCGCAAGGUUCUUUCAACUGCCCGAGCAUCAUCGGAACGGGGGACCACAAGGCGUUUGCCUGCCCGGACGGGCAGUAUAAUGAUCUGGCGAGCCUGGUGUUUACAACCAACGACGAUGCGAUUGGGAAUUUGUUCCGCACUGGAUCGUUUGGAAUCUUCACCUACUCCUCCCUACUCCUCUCCUUCACCACAUGCUUCCUUCUCACCACACUCACCUACGGCACAGCAGUCACACAUUCACACACCCUUCUCCCGUAUUCGUAUUUUUCUCCUCCUUUUUCCCCCUCCCGCUCUCCUCUCCCCACCCCCCCAACCCCCAGCUACCCCUCUCUGCUCCUCUCUUUCACGAUCUACUUUCUUCUCGCCACACUCACAUACGGCACAGCAGUCCCGGCCGGUCUCUUCGUGCCCUCCAUCCUCUGCGGCGCCUCCUACGGCCGAAUGGCCGGCAUGUUCAUGGUAACCCUAUUCGGCCCACACCGGGUGGGGGAAGGCACCUACGCGCUCCUCGGCGCCGCGUCUUUUUUGGGCGGCUCCAUGCGCAUGACCGUUUCGCUCUCGGUCAUCUUGCUGGAGCUCACGGGCAGCUUGAAACUUUUGCCGCUGGUGAUGGUGGUGCUGCUGGUGUCGAAAUCGGUUGGGGAUUUGUUCAAUCGGAAUAUAGAGGACUCGCAUGUUGACCUGAAAGGGAUUCCUAACCUUCGUGGUAACCCCCGCAGUAACCCCCUCAAUUACCUCCCUUGCGGUAACCCCCUUGCUCGUUUCCUCCCCAUCUGCUGCUCUCCUCAGUCCGAGAUCCCCCACCACUCCUUCUGA